UGCAAAAGCAUUUGGGUAAGAACGAAUUAAGCCGGGUGGUUAUUUUCCAUUUUCCUUCUAUAUAACCCAUUUGCCUCUUCCUUCCUCUACUCAUCACAUUCCCAUUUGCUAACCAACCUCUGCACUUCAGAAAACUUUUUUGUCCCUUGUCUUGGCCUUCUCUUUCCUUUCGGAGAAUAUUUUUCUCGAGCUUGCUGUCGAUGGAUGUUCUCCACUUCUUUGUGGGUGUUUUUGGAAAUGCCACUGCUUUGUUCUUUUUCUUGGCUCCAACGAUUACAUUCAAGAGAAUCAUAUGGAGCAAGUCCACAGAGCAGUUCUCAGGCAUCCCGUACGUGAUGACUCUACUCAACUGUCUCAUUUCCGCCUGGUAUGGUCUGCCAUUUGUAUCCAAGAACAAUCUUCUGGUGUCAACAAUUUCUGGGACAGGAGCAGUAAUUGAAACAAUAUUUGUGUUGAUCUUCAUUAUCUAUGCGCCAAGGAAGGAGAAGUACAAAAUCCUAGGCCUCCUUACGCUUGUGCUCACUAUUUUUGCUACUGUGGCCUUUGUUUCUCUGUAUGCCCUGCAUGACAACACCAGGAAGCUCUUCUGUGGCUACGCUACCACCAUUUUCAGCAUCAUCAUGUAUUCCUCACCUCUGUCUAUCAUUAUGUCGGUGAUUAAAACUAAGAGUGUAGAGUUCAUGCCAUUUUUCUUGUCACUAUUUGUGUUCCUGUGUGGCACUUCUUGGUUCAUCUAUGGCCUAGUUGGCCACGAUCCCUUUGUAGCUGUCCCCAGUGGGCUUGGCUGUGGUCUAGGUUUAAUACAGCUGAUCCUAUACUUCAUCUAUCGCAACAAGAAGGAUAAAGAUGCAGAUACGAAUCAACCCACAUCUGAAUCAGUGGAGGUGGGUACAGGAAAGCCCCAGCAAGAGAAGCAAAUGGUGGCUUAUGGGUCAGUGGACGAGCGAGUUUAAACACAAACACAGCUUUGCUACUGCCACGUAUACGGCUGAUCUUCAGCCAUCAACCUGGCCCAUAGCAUAUAUUAUAUAAGAUGAAAAAAGUUGUUAAUUGCUGGCAAAAUUGAGUUGGGGAGUGCGUGUUUUGAUGUAGAAUUUCUCUUGCUUUUAAUUUUUGGGUUGCUAUCCAUUGAAAAAUGCUAUAAUUACUUUUAAUAAUUC